AUGGAGAAUAUUGAGAUUGACUCUUGUGACAAGCUACAGAACAUUACGCUGCCAACAGCACUCAUCACUUUGUCUGUACAAAGGUGCACAUAUUUGCAAACAGUAGUAGGGUCCAGUGAUCUUAUUAAACUUACAGAGCUGAUUAUUAUGAAAUGUCCUCAGCUUGAGGAGUUGCCAGUUCUUUCCGGAGUGAGUUGCAUGGAGAAGAUUGAGAUUGACUCUUGUGAGAAGCUACAGAACAUUAUGCUACCAACAAUGCUCAUCAGUCUGUCUAUAGGCUGCUGCAGAGAUUUGCAAAGAGUAGUAAUGUCCGGUGAUCUUACCAAACUUACAAAACUGAUUGUUACAGAGUGUCCUGAGCUUGAGGAGUUGCCAGUUCUUUCCGGAGUGAGCUGCAUGGAGAUUGUCUCUUGUGAGAAGCUACUGAACAUUACGUUGCCACAAGCACUCAUCAGUCUGUCUGUACACCGGUGCAGAGAUUUGCAAAGGGUAGUAGGGUACAGUGAUCUUACCAAACUUACAGAGCUGAUUAUUAGUGAUUGCCCUAAGCUUGAGGAGUUAGGAUGCAUUGAUUUUAUUAAACCUACAGAGCUUAUUAUUAGUGACUGUCCUGAGCUCGAGGAGUCGCCAAGUCUCUCCGGACUGAGCUGCAUGAAGACGAUUGAGAUUGACUGUUGUGAAAAGCUGGAGAAAAUAUCAGGCAUUGAAGAGUUGUAUCCAUUUGGCCAUUGCAGCAAUGCACUAAUACGAAACUGCAUUCAUGAAUUAAAGAGUGUGCCGUUCUGGGGAAUGGUUAUGAUUGGAAGAGUAGUGAAUGGAGCGGAGUCAAGUUUAAACGAAGAUCUGUUUCGCGAUGCUAAUAUUGAAAUUGGUACUCCCCAAACUUAUCCAGCUGUUAUUGGAUGCUAUGUGGUUGGUGUUGACAGCUCCACUUCGGCAGAGGAAAUAAAUGAAUCAUUUCAAUUCUCUCAUGGAAUCUGGCCUAGGGUGCGUGAAGGAGAAUGGAUGAUUACAAUGGUGAGAUACAAUAUUAAUUUUGAAAAUGUGGAACAUGUUUUAGGUAAUAAAGGAGUAAUAAAGAAGGGGUUUCGAGUAGAGGUGAAAGAAAGUGAAGAGUGGAAAAGUUUGAUUGCAUUACGUACAAUUGUUGAUAGGUUAUAUCAAUAA